AUGACCCUCGCCGUAAGUGCUACAUUGGCAGCAGUGGGACAGUGUCCACGUAGUUUGGACUGUGCCCGAGAGGGACGUCACUUCUGCCAGCCUGGCUCCUCCCACUGUGGUCCCUGUCUGUCCCCUCUCGUGGAGAACAAGAGGGGAAAGUGUGUGGUUCGAAGACGCUCCCACAUCAACAAGGCGACUUCCUUUCCAGAGCUAGAUGAGGAGAUAGACUUCCUGUCCUCCAUCAUCACCAAACAUAAGGAAUCAGAGGUCAAACACUCAGAAUCUCCCUCUCAGGUUGCCCCCAAGGCUAAGGAGGGAUUUUCUCAGCAGAGAACUUAUGCCCAGACAGGACCCACCCUCAUACAAGUGACUACAGGACAGCCUACAACAGGCAUCCCAACUACAUCACCUCCAACAGCUGUUCCUACAGCUGUACACAUCUCAGACGUACAGAGUGAGGCCGUGAUCAUCCCCUAUCCGUCUGAUGAUCAUUCGUUCCUUAUUAUGACUGGCGUAUUUUUCAUUAUGGCAUCAGUGGCCUUGGUCUUUGCUGGAAUCUGUUGGGUCAGGUUGCAGAAAGGAAUGCGUCUAACGCAGAAAGUAGAUUACCCCGCCUUUGGGGCGAUAGGACCCCACUCGUACGCCGCUUCGUCUGGAGAUAAGAAACUGGCUCAGAGUGCUCAAAUGUACCACUAUCAGCAUCAGAAACAGCAGAUGUUGUCGCUAAGACACAGGGAUGAACCGAAGAUUCCUGAAUCAGGCACCACCUCAGAUGAGGAAAACGAAGAUGGAGACUUCACUGUGUAUGAGUGUCCUGGACUGGCUCCUACUGGAGAAAUGGAGGUGAAGAAUCCUCUGUUUGAUGAUUCUGGCCUACAUCUGCAUCUUCAGAAGAGCUACAACUAA